CUUGCCAAACAACAAUGACAACAACAACAACAACGACGACAACAAAGCGGGCAUUGUGGCAGGCGCCUGUAGUCCCACCUACUUGGGAGGCUGAGGCAAGAGAAUUGCUUGAGCCCAAGAGUUUGAGGUUGCUGUGAGCUGUGAGCUGUGGCGUCAUAGUGAAACUCUGUCUCAAAAAAAAAAAAAAUAAAAAAAUAAGAAAAGAAAAUAAAAUGAUUCAUAGGCCAGUGUGGUGGCUUAUGUCUGUAAUCCUAGCACUCUGGGAGGCAUGAACCUUGUAUCUACUAAAAAUAGAAAAAAACUAGCCAGGCCUAGGGGAAGGCACCCAUAGUCCCAUCUACUCACGACACUGAGGCAAGAGGUUUGCUUGAGCCCAGGAGUAUGAGAUUGCUGUGAGCUAUGAUGCCAUGACACUCUACACAGGUGACAGUGUGAGACUGUCUUAAAAAAAAAAAAAGAUUAAUAGUCUACAAGAAAAAGUACAGGAAACGAGAUCUAAGAGAGUGGGGGGGAGCAUGAUUAAAAUCCAGCUCUGAUAUAAAACCAGCACAUUGUACCCCAUGAUUGCAUUAACAUACACAGCUAUGAUUUAAUAAUAAUAAUAAUAAAAAAAACAGCUCUGGACCAGGCACAGGGGUGCAUACCUAGACUGGUGAGGAUACGGUGGGAGGAUCACUUGAGUUUGAGUCCAGCCUGGGCAACAUUGCAAGACCCUGUCUCAAACACAAAAACCCCACAAAUAGUUAUAGGGCUGUCCCACCUUUCCAAGGUAGAGCUCUGCUCUUCUUCACAACCCAGACUGUGCUAGUGCCCAUACUGCCAGGCACAGCAUUAACAUCUCAGGGGAAUUGCAUAAGAGCUCUAGGCCCCAAGGAACACAUGUCAUGUUUCCCACUAUUCUGCCAAGGACGUCCUUGGUAUGAGUCAUUCAGAGUUGGAGUUGUAGGGGACUUGCCUCUCAGUUCAGAAAAUAUGCUAGUGUGAGGGCAGAAGCAGAGUGGAGCACCCUAAGUAGCAGAAGUGUGUCAAGCCUCGCAGCCUAUAGAGUCUCACUAUGUCACCCUCGGUAGAGUGCUGUGGCAUCACAGCUCAUAGCAACCUCAGACUCUUGGGCUUAAGUGAUUCUCUUGCCUCAGCCUCCCAGGUAGCUGGGACUACAGGUGCCUGCUGCAACGCUCAGCUAUGUUUUUUGGUUGCAGUUGUCAUUGUUGUUCAGUAGGCCCAGGCCAGGCUCGAACCCACCAGCUUUGGUGUAUGUGACCAACACCCUACUCCCUGAGCUACAGGUGCCAUGAAUCAUAACAAAUUCUGAUUUAUCCCCUCUUCUUACCCCUUGCCCCAACUUUAUUCCCUUUUCCCCUGAACUCCCACAGUAACAAUCUUUGUGUCCACUGAAUUUAUAACCAUUCAGUGAUCUCCCUUAUGUGUUAGUAGCUGAGAGACAGUAUUAGACACUAAGGGAGGAAUGUAAGUUUUAGCAGCUGAUGCUAGGCACAGGGGUAAGUUCUUUUCACACAUACUAGCUUACUUUAUCCUUACUACAUAGUGGUAGCUUAGGUUAUUUUAACUUUCAUGUUAUAAUUUAGAGGCAUUCAGGUUCAGAAGUUAAACUACCUACUCAGAGACAUUAAGCUCAAGGUCACAAACUAUUAUGAGCCUGUGACUGCAUGACCUCUUAUAGUUUCACAAUUACAAAACACAUUUGCACAUAUUAAUCUAAGCCUCACAGCAGCAGAGUGAGCAGUAGAAUCUGCAUUUUUAAAAAAAAUUUAUUUUGAGACAGUGUCACUAUGUUGCCUUUGGUAGAGUGCCCUGGCAUCACAGCUCACCAGCAACCUCAAACUCUUGGGCUUAAGCAAUUCUCUUGCCUCAACCUCCCAAGUAGCUGGGACUACAGGUGCCCACCACAACACCCAGCUAUUUUUUGUUGCAGUUGUUGUUUAGCAGGUCCGAGCUAGGUUCGAACCCACUAGCCUGGGUCUAUGAGGCCAAUGCCCUAACCGCUGAGCUAUGGGUGCUGAGCCAGAAUUUGCAUUUUAGAGGACAGUGGGACCAGACUUGCCCAAAGGCACGCAGAACUUAGCUUAUCCAACUCCCACCCAUAUUAGUGAGCAUCCUGCCACUGUCAAGUGUUAUCUGGCACAGCAUGGCCUAUUUGCUGACUGGAUGAUUAAGAUAUAACAGGUAUUCAAUAAAUAAUUUUUUUUUUUGAGACAAAAGUUUCACUCUGUUGCUGAGCUGUGGCACCAUCACAGCUCAGAGCAACCUCAAAACUUCUGGGUUAAAGGAUCUUCCUGCCUCAGCCUCCCAAGUAGCUGAGACUACAAGUACCUAGCACAAUGCCCAGCUAAUUUUUCUAUUUUUAGUACAGAUGGGAUAUUGCUCUUGCUCAGGGUGGUCUCAAACUCCUAAGCUCAAGGGAUCACCUGCCUCUGCCUUCCAGAGUGCUAGGAUCAUAGGCCUGAGCCACCAUGCCAGGCCUCAAUAAAUAAUUCUUGUUAAAUUAUAUUAUUGAAAAUAAAUCUACUGUUACUGCCUGGAGGCCUCUAGGUUCCUUUUAUCCCUGUCUUUUAUCACCUUCCCUCGAUGCUUGGGUUCCCCUUUAGAGACCCUCUUUCCCCACGAACUCCAUCCCCUCCCCAAAGACUCACAGGGGGGCACAAUCUCUAUGUCUUCUCACAUAGGUGCUCUUAUGGUGCUCAGGAAUAGUUUUUGAGAUAGAGCUGAAUGGCACUAAUGGCUUUUGCUCCCCGACAUCCCACCCCAUGGCUUCCUUCCUUCCUGGCUUGGGGAGGCUGCACUCCUCAGCUCUUCCUUGCCCCACGUGGCAAGAUGGUACUUAUCCUGGGCCUGAGAGCCUUUGUUCUCCAAUUCCACUGGCCCCUCCCUGCUAGCCCCACCCCCUUCCUCUGGCCCCAUAGCCCUGGACACAGUACACAGUCCAGAGCCUCAGCUCGAAGGGAAACAAAAGGAGCUGCCUAGGUUCCCAUGGCUGUCGCCAGCACCUUCAUACCAGGGCUCAACUCUCAGAACCCUCAUUUCAUCCCAGGGUACACUGGACACUGCCCUCUACUUCGAUUCAGCAUGGGCCAGACCUAUGGGCAGGUGACUGGCCAGCUACUUCGAGACCCUCCUGGUCUAGCCUGGCCCCCUGCACAUCGCACACUUCUGCCUCCUAUUCGGCCUCCAAGAUCUCCUGAGGUUCCCAAGGGGAGCCUGCCUGUCAGGUGUGGGCAUUCAAGCCUCAGCUCCAGCAUGAUCCCUGGGUACACAGGUUUUGUACCCCGGGCACAGUUUAUCUUUGCCAAGAACUGCAGCCAGGUCUGGGCUGAGGCUCUGAAUGAGUUUACCCAGUUGGAUGGGGGGAAAGGGAGUAAAGAGCUGCUGAAGGAGGCUAAGGGAGAAAAAGACAUGGAGAAAAACCAAGAGCCAAAGCUGGGACUGGAGCUGGAGGAGAAGGGGCCAACCCUGGAGGAGGCAGAACAAGCUUCUCCCUAUUCCAUGGAUGACACAGACCCUCAGAAGUUCUUCAUGUCAGCUCCAGCUUUCCUGUGCUCACCAACCAGGCAUUGCAGGAAUUUGGGCAGAAGUACUCACUGGGAAGAACCCAGAAGGAUCCCAAACAUCUUCCCCCACUUCUCAAAACCUGCCAGCAGAGCCUAGGUCUCUUACCUAACUAUGGGGGCUAUGUGCCAGGUGAGACUGGCCCAGAGAAGGGCUUUGGGAGCUGGAAUGUUUGUAUGGGUAAGGAGUAGGUGGGGGUGGUUUGGGAGGUGGGAACUAAUAGAUAUGGGGGGGAGGAGAGGACUGCAGAUCAUGUGGUUCAGCUUUUUUUUUUUUUGAGACAGAGUCUCACUGUGUCGCCCUCUGUAGAGCUGUGAAAUCACAGUUUACAGCAAACUCUUGGGCUUAAGAGAUUCUCUUGCCUCAAUCCCCCAAGUAGCUGGGAUUACAAGUGCCUGCCACAACACCUGGCUAUAUUUUGUUGUUGUAGUUGUCACUGUUCUUUGGCAGGCCUGGGCUGGGUUCGCCAGCCCUGGUGUAUGUAGCUGGCGCCCUAGCCACUGAGCUACAGGUGCUGAGUCAGGUCAGCUUUGUCAUUAGGCAGAAAAGGAAAUUGAGAAAGCUCACAGUCAGGGGUAAGGACCAGAUUUCAGUGGGGAGUUUGGAGGGUUGGCUGAGAAUUAAAUGGCUUUUCCAUGACACUGGCUACACAUGACGGACUCUCUUGGCCACACAGGGUAUAAGUUCCAGUUUGGCCACACAUUUGGGCAUCUCACCCGCGAUACUUUGGGCCUCAGCACCAUCCAGAAGCAGUUCCUGGCUUAGGCACUUGGACUUCAAGUUCUCCUUUCCCUCUUCAUCCUAUCUCAGCCAUCCUUCUGGAAGGAAGAGAGGUGGGUGGGAGGAUGGGGGGCAACACAAAGAGAAAAUGGUUUGGAGGCUGAGCACCUUUUUUAUUAAUAGGUGUAAUAAAUAAAUAAAUACAUACAUGAACAGAA